AUGCUCCGGCUCGGCAACGAUGGUUUUAAUGUCGAGGUCAAGUUGGAUGAGCUCGAGCAGUACGCACGAAGAGACUGUCUCGAAAUAACCGUUAUUCCGGUCGUACCUAAUGACAGCCCAGCGUUGCUGGUGAAGGAAAUGUCUGAGAUUAUGGGAGUGAACUUCAACGAAAACGACAUAUCGAUCGCUCAUCGUUUACCACCAACGAAGAAAGUGAAAGAUCGACUAAUUGUCAAGUUCACUCGAAGAGAGAAAAGAGACGAAAUUUACAGCAAGAGGAAAAACUUCAAAUCUAAGGGACGGACCAUUAGAAAACUCAUGGGAUCGGGGGCGGGCGAAAGUAAAAAAAAUAUUCGCGCAAGGGAAAAUUAAAUGAAAAAAAAUUCAUGCGCGCCAAUUAAUCCUAAAAAAAUAUUCAUGCUAUGGCCUAAAAAAAAACGUACAAGGAGUUUGAUAACAAAAAAAAAUUCCUGCGGCUCGAAAAUUCCCCUCUCCCCCAUAAGUCUUCUAAUGGUCCGUCACUAAGCGGACUUAAGAUCUCCCGUCUGUGGUCUGCGAGCCGGAAUCUGUGGUUGUAAGUCAUAAAGCACAAAUUAAAGUCAUAAAGCGCGACCACAACUACAAGUUUAUUUGGACGGCUAACGGUAAAAUAAUGCUGAAGAAAACGGAGAGCUCCACUACGAAAUGUUUCGUAACCCAUGGGGAAUUCAAAGAGUUCCUUAACGAGCUCAAUUAAUUAGCUAUCAGUUUAAUGACUUCUUUAAACUUAUAUUAUUACGGAGGCAAAAAUGGCUGGUUACCAGGAAAACGUAAGUAGUUGUUGACAAUUUUAUGAUUUAACUGAUAGAGAAUUUCAUGCUAUGGUUGGCAGCUGGCUGGAUAGGCGUCAUGAUCUUGACCUUUACGAUCUCCUCCCAAAUCCAAAUAAAUUCGACGAGUGCGACCCAGAUUUAAUGUUAAAUACCCUCUGCUCAGAAUAUUAUUCAGUCGGUAGCUUUAAUAAAAUGCUUGUAAAUUCAGCCGCAAAAUCUUUUUCAAUUCUUCACUUGUAAUAUUAGAAGUUUAUCUAAAAACUGAAAUCUAUUAGAAGAACUAUUAUGCUCCCUUGACUCCAAGCUGGAUAUACUUGCAAUUACAGAAACUAAAUUAGGUGAGAAGUCUAUUUCUAAUGUAAAUAUCAAAGGCUAUAAUUUUUUUCAUACGGACUCGCCAACAAACGCAGGUGGAGCUGCUUUAUAUACAUUGUGUAAAGCUAAUAAUCUUAAAGCUGUACCUAGGCCUGACAUUAGAUUUGACAUAGCACUAGUUGAAUCCUGCUGGGCAAAAAUUGAUGCUGGUUAAGGUAUAAAGAAGAUCAUAAUAUGUUGUAUCUACAAGCAUCCCACUUGUAAUUUAGCACAGUUUCACAACCAACUAAAUGAUAUAAUCAAAACAACUAAUCCCAAUAGAUACGAAAUUUACAUCUUUGGAGAUAUGAAUAUAAAUUUCCUGAAAUUCAAUGAACAUACUCAAACUGAAGAGUUUUUAGAUAUGCUUUAUGCCAAUAACAUCUUGCUGAUCAUUACUAAACUACGAGGCUUACUGAUCACACAGCACUGUACAUAUACAAAUUUUUUACUAAAUUUCACAGCAGGAAUCCUGACAGUUGAUAUAACAGAUCAUCUUCCGAUUUUCUGCUUAGUCAGAACCCAGCCUACACGGAAUAAUAGUAACAAAAAAUAUUUUCGAGACUACUCUAAAUUUAAUAAAGAUCUGUACUUAGAUGAUAUAAAACUGAUUGACUGGCACGAAAUCCUCAACCCAGAAAAGAAUCUAUAA